AUGAAUGAGCCUGUCUUUGGCAUCUACCUCCGUGGUGUGAAAUACAAUGCUGUGGUUUCCCCAUCUAUGAUGAAAACUGUUUUUUCUACCAAAGCUGUUCCCCCGAACAAUCAGAUGCUUGAUCAGGCUCUACAGAACGUCUUUGGUGAUCGCAGUCUCAUCCACAAUCUUGGGUUGGAGCGUAACCAAGGGAUCAGCGACAACGCUGCUACCAUUCUUAGCGACGAAUCCUUCAUUGCCGAAGCGUCAUCUGCUAUCAUCCGCUUGGUGCGACGCGACAUGCCAAAUCUGGUAAGCUUUUGUCGCAGCCUUGUUGACCAAAACUCUUGGGAGCGCGGAAUCAGUGGAGUGGAGGUGCCCGAUGAAAACGACCAAACGGUUUGCGAGGCCAAUUUGUUUGCCCUCACGAGCAACUUUAUUGGCCACAUCAUGACUACCUUCCUGAUGGGUGAAGCGUUUGUGGAUAACUUUCCCAAUCUUUCAGAGGAUCUUGGAAGACUUGACCAGUGCUUCGUGACACUAUUUGCCGGUAUUGCUCGCUGGGCCCCGCAUCCCGCGGCUUCAGCAGGGCAUGCGGCGAGUGGUCGACUUCGUCAUAUCAUGUCAGUCUUUCACCGAGCGUUCACUGCUUGGGAUGAUGGGAUUGACCCGGGAAUUGAAUUUCGUGAUCUCGACGAUGUCUCUGAACUAGUCAAGGAUCGGAUGCGUACUUUCCGCAAAUUAGGGCUAUCUCACGGUGCCAGUGCUGCCGGGCACUUGUCUCUAUAUUACGAGUUGAUUGAGUACACAACCAAGAUCACUUUUUGGACAGUCACCCAUCUCUUUGCCGAUCCUACCCUUCUCGGUCAAGUUCGCAAGGAGAUAGCCUCGUAUGCGGUGGCUUCUAGACUAAGUCGCCAGGAGACUGGUUUCCCCUUCGAUGAACCUGCUCGGCUUUCUCUUGAUAUCGAUCGAGUUCUCACGUCUUGCCCGCUGUUCAAAUCGUGUUAUUAUGAGACUGUGCGCCUGCAUUCAGCAGGAAUCUCAGUCAGGAAGCUGGCAUCCAAUGUGACACUUUCCGAGUCGGCAGAAGAAGCCGCCUACGGUCUGACGAAUCCCCGUACAUACAAGAUUGCAAAGGGGGAAAAUAUUAUCUUGCCCCAUGGCGCCUAUCACCAUGAUGCUCGAUACUUCUCAAACCCGGAGCAGUAUGAUCCCCUACGAUUCCUUGUGACCGAUCCUGCAACGGGAGCACAACGAGCUGAUCCAAGUAUCCUUGCUCCGUUUGCGGACGGGCUGUAUGGAUCGACGAACAAUGGCUUCGCCGAGAGAGCUAUCUUAACAUUCACUGCUGGCAUUGUAGCCUUGUGGGAGAUUGAGCCGACAAAUGGUCAAUUCCUUUCAGUUCCAGGGCACAAGACCAGCUGGGGGGCUUUCCGACCGACAAAGGAGUUGAGGGUGAAGAUGAAGCAGAGGGUAUAA